GACACAAACUCAAGCCAACAAGCGCACACACAUAAAGCCUUCUAUUUACCACCAAAACUUCCUCUCCCACUUCCUCAUCACAUCACAUUCCGAAUCACUCGCAAGGUGUUCCAGUUCUUUCGAUCGCACUUCUGCUAGCAAAGCGGAUUUCCUGUCUCUUCUUAAGAAUUAGUUUGGUGCUCAUUGAAACCUCAACCUGCAUACCGUAAUGGCUGACAGGGUAAGGGAGCUGGCAUCUAAGAAGGCUGCGGUGAUCUUCACCAAGAGCUCGUGUUGCAUGUGCCACAGCAUCAAGUCCCUCUUCUAUGAGCUCGGGGCAAGCCCCGCGAUCCAUGAGCUCGACAAGGACUCUAGUGGCCGUGAGAUGGAGUGGGCCCUGCGGGGACUUGGGUGCAACCCUACGGUCCCGGCCGUUUUUAUUGGCGGGAGAUAUGUCGGGUCAGCCAAGGAUGUGAUAUCCCUCCAUGUGGAUGGAACUCUAAAGCAGAUGCUCAUUGAUGCAAGGGCAAUAUGGUUUUAACACAAAGUGUGAAAAACUGUAAGCUCAAUUAUAUAUGUACUCAUAGGAGUAGUGCAUAUAUAGUAACUAUAUAUAUAUGUAUGGAGAAGCCCAAUCCAAUAGCGUUGUGUAAUUUAACAAACAAUGCUGAAUGAAUAGGAUUUUGCUUCCCUUCAGUUUAUCAAAAAA